CUAGAAGGCGGUUGUUGAAAUCGAAUUCAAAAUUAGCUGAAAUUCUUUAUUUCAUUAACAUAAAUAUUUUAUAGAGUCUAGUCACUGUUAUCAAUGUAUUUAUAUUACUAAAAUGUGGGAGGAGUUGGAGAAAUAUCGCAAUCAUUUUCUACAAUACGAAAUCAAAGAUGUUAUGAAACCGAGUUCAAUUAAUUGCCUACAAAACACAGAGUGGCACAAAUUUAGGGAGCAGCGCGAUGGCUGUCAACGUAUUAAGAAACGAUGCGCAGAGUACUCAACCUAUUUCGAAGAUCGUGCUCAGCUGGCUUAUGGCUGGUUUGCAUUGCCCAAGCUACUGAAGGAAAUGGACAGUGGGGUGAAUUUGACACAUUGGCGUGCAAUUGUUUCGCUAUCGGAGUUCCUGCUGAACCCGCAGCAUGCCCAGCGAGCCAUUCUAGAGUUCGACAUAGUUAGAAAAGUUAAAAAUGCGUUUAUGCGCAUGCGCUUAAAGUUUCAUGCGCAGCAUUACAAAGAGGUGGAAACGUAUCUGAAGAUUUUAAAUAUUCUCUCUCGUUGUUUGCAUGGCGCCGAUCGCAUUGCUAAUUGCAAGUGCCUAAUGGUUGAAUUUUACAAGAUUAUUAAGGACAAGGAAGCUGGAAAGGAGGAUUUGGCUGCCGAGAUACUGCGUAAUUUAACUGGAAAGCCAAAGGUUCUUGGCAUUGUGCUGGGGGAUCCGGAGAACUUCGAGUCCGUGGCUGGGAUCUUUAAGCAGGAUCCUUGCCAGCCCCUCUAUCCGCCUCAUCUGUGGCAUCAUCUGUGUGACAUGCUGGACGUUGCUCCAGAACGGGGCAUAGAACUGGGCUUCUUCGAGCUGAUCCAUUCACGUAUCCACAACCGCUUGGCCAGGUUCUGGGAUAUGGCCUGCAAGGCGUUUGCUCUGCUGCUGCGCUGCGAGGAAGGACAACGUCGCUUUGAUAAUGUUGAUGGACUCCGUAUGAUCAACUCUAUGUUUGCGAAGUCAGAGAAGGUGGAUAACUAUGAGUAUGUGGUGUUGAUGCUGUUGAACGGGCUUCACAGCAAGCGUGCCCUGUGGCGGAGUCGAGAGUUCAUUGAGUUGCCUUGCCAUCUGGGUCGUCGCAUGGCCAGCGAUUCGAAUCCUCGCCUGCAGCUGUAUUGCCUGAAGGCGCUGCGUGAACUGGGCGUGAUGCCGUGCACCAAGCGUUAUAUUAUUGGUAAUUGGCUGCCGGAGAUUCGUGAGCUUGUCUGUCUCGAUGCUGAGGUCGAAUGCGCCAGGGAUGCGCUUCUGGAUUGGUUGCGAAGCGAUAUCGCUGAAAGCGGUUAAGUUCAAUCAAUGUUUGCUAAAGCUUUUAUUCGUGAAUUAAAGUUACUCAAAUUGGUUUGUGUGCGCAA